AUGGCCUGGUGUGGCCCAAAGCUUCUCUUUGGCCACGCUGCUCGUCUGGUGGCAUGGGGGAAGCUGAAGUAUGACAUGAUAAAACUUGUUUGCCAGAGUUGCCAAAGGGUAUCUGAUAAUUUCUAUUUGUGUGAAGGAGGCCUUGUACCCAAAUGGCUACUAUAUGAGUUAUGUAUGGGAAGCUGCAGUCCAAAUGACAAGUAUCGAGUAAAUGCAGCCACCUUUGGAAAGCUUAUUCAGUCAGUUUUCCCAGGUCUGAGGACAAGAAGACUGGGCAGAAGAGGGAAUAUCAGGUAUCAUUAUGAUGGAAUAGCUAUCAAGGAGAACUCUACCUUUUAUGCACACUAUUACUCUCUUCUUGGAAACGCCUGCAGUUCUGGAGAUGCAGCUGGUUACAAGAGCAAUAGCCAAAAAGAAAGAACAAAUUUGGACUGUUCUUCAUCUGUCAUUUAUCUGAAGAUUGAACAAGAGGAAUAUCAAUACUCUUGGCCUGAAUUCAGCACAAUCUCUCUUUCGGAGCAAGAGCUAGAGAUGAAAUACUCCUAUGAAAUGGUACAGCUUGCCAAUGACUACUACAGACAUUGUCAAGAUAUUUUACAUAUGGUGAGAAAGAGCGAGCUUGAUAAGGUGGAAGACUGUAUCAUGUCAUUCUGGAGGUUUCUGCAGCCUGAAAGAAUAGCACUGAUGUCCUUGACAGAUGUAUGCCAGCUGUUCAAACACUAUGAUAGGCAUCUAUACAAGGAAAUAGAGAACAUCCUAUUUCAUGAUUUCCUGGAGGAGGUGCCUGUGCAACACAUGAACUCAAUCAGAUUGUUCAGUAAAAAUGUUGAACUUUGGCUGCUUAAUGCUUUGGAAGAGUUUCCGUUACCACUCCAAACAUCCAAAUCUCAAGAAGUUACACUGUUUAUAAAAAGACUCGGGAGAAAGACAGACCUUUGUAACAUUGCCAAGACAGUGAGAGCAGUCUUGAACAGCAACAGCAAUGUCACUGUUCUGCGAUCAGAACUGCAUUCUGCCAUUGAUCAGGGAUAUCUGGAUGUGUCUGGAAACUUCUUUCAAACAAGUCUUAGGAAUCCAGAGGAGCUGCAGUAUGACAUAGAACUCAAAUGUUUGUACGACUUAACAUGUUUGCUGAGACCUGACAUAGAUAUUCGGGUUCUCCUGGACUGUGUGUCUUCAAAUCUUCAGGGUUUUGUCAUUCAGCCAAGCAGGAAUAAAGAGGAGUUUAGAAAACUGGCUUCAGAUUUCCAGUUGAGAUGGAACUUCUUAUUGAGUGCAGUAAGCAAGGCUAUGACCCUCAACGGUGCAGACGGUUUUGGAUUCUGGCAUUUGUUAAAUUCGCUACUCAUAGAUUUUGUGGGUCACGUUUUCCUGUCCUAUAUAGAGGAGGAAGAUGAAAGUUUCUGGGUCACAAAGCAAAAUGAGUUCCCUGUUCCAAGGGUUUAUGAGCCCAGCCAACUCUGGGUCUAUAUUGCAGAGGAGCAACCUCAAGCCAGUGCUCCACAGACAGCUCUUCCAGCUUUGAUGCAGAGCCAGACUCAUCCAGGCCAUACUGAAAGAGAGAAUUUCUAAAACUUUACUCAGCUGGAUCUUCAAGUUGGAAGGGAAGCUCUCCUCUACUCAAAAAGAUGGACAGACACUUUUUUGCCUCUGAUGAACAAACAGCAACUCUCAGAGAAAAACACCCUGACAUGAAAAUUCUUUAUGCCAGAUAUUCUUACUUUUAGAUACAACUUUAAGAAAUUCUCAUUCUCUUAAAUUUAAGAUCUUUUUCUGGAAAUACUAAAUGCAAAACUGUGCUAGCAAUGCAGUUAAGUUGUCACAUGAUUUGGCUGUUUGACUUUAUUUGAAUAAAUCUUCAGAAGAAAAAGGUGAAAUACUUGUGGUUUGCUUUUAUCUAUUUCUUGUAUUUUUUGCUGUCAGUAAAGCUGAAGGCCUGACUGAAGUCAUUGUGGUAAAUUUAUCUGGAAGCUACAGAACAGAUGAAUGACUCUGUGUCAGUGCUGCUUUGUGUCUACCGUGCGUAAUUUAAAAUUUAUAUUUAUUGCAUAUAGAACUUGGCACUGAUCCUAUGUCUUGAGAAAUUCCUGCUUUGUUUCCUAUUUAUGCAGGAUACAAGAGUCAAUAUCUCACAUAUAAUUCUAUUAACUGAAAUAAAAUAGGUUGUAUAUAAUGUUAUCGAUUUGUUUAUGGC